UCAUUUUCUAUCUAUCUAUCUAUAUCUUAAUUUGUAUGAGAUAUUGAGAUAUAUAGAUAAAAAUUAAGGAGUAGGUGCAACUAACUGAUUGAUGAAAAUGGGUGAUAAUGAUGAAGCAAGUAUUACGAUGGAAGGUUGGUUGUAUACCAUUCGGUCUAAUACAAAUAGUAUCGCCGGUUUCAAAUGUUAUUCAAGAAAGCUUUAUUACGUUCUUGAUCAACAACAUCGUUUUAUGAGUUUCAAAUCAUCAUCCAUCUCCCUUUCCUACAACAACAAGGAUCCAGUUAGAAGUGCAGUUGUGGACUCUAGCAUUCAUGUAAUCGAUAAUGGGAGGAAAUGUAUUCGAGGAAAGGUCUUCUUUGUUUUCACCCUCUGUGACACCUCAAACUAUGAUGUUCAUGUGAAGUUAGGGGCAAGAAAUCCAGAAGAAGCUGCAAAGUGGAUCAAAUCGUUCCAAGAAUUAUCUCAAAAGGUAUAUGAAAAACCAGGAAAUAUUACAGAUUUGUUUAGUUCUAAGUUUUCUAGCAGAGUGUGUGAUAAAAAAGAUGUCGAUGGAAUUCUCUCUUUAGCCUCGAUCAUGGAUCCCAAAACUAGUGAAAUUAAUGAGCCAUCAUACUGGACAAUCUUUGAUUGUCACAACGGUCUCAGACUAUUUAAGCAAGCAAACGAUCAAGAAAGUCACAAUAAGAUAAACCAUCAUGCAUUAGCAGCUGUUAGCGUGAUAGAAGAAAGUCCAGAUGUUGUUUUCCAGACGCUUAUGUCUCUUGGUGCUUCAAGAUCACAAUGGGACUUUUGUUUUCAGAAGGGUAGCGUGAUUGAAACCAUAGAUAUCCACACCGAUAUUAUUCACAAGCAAUUAAAUCGUGAUUGGUUGCCUUGGUGUAUGAAACGAAGGGACUUACUAUUGCAUCGCUAUUGGAGGAGGGAAGAGAAUGGAACAUAUAUUAUAUUCUAUCAUUCUGUACCUCACAACAAAUGCCCACCAAAGAAGGGCUUUGUUCGUGCUCGGGUUAAAUGUGGAGGCUAUGUGAUAUCUCCUGGGAAUCAGUAUAAACAAUCAGUUGUAAGACACGUGCUUGCAAUCGAUUGGAAAUCUUGGAGACCUUAUCUACAAAAAUCUUCUUCUCAAUGUCUCACAAUUCGCAUGCUUGAGAGACUGUCAGCUUUGAGAGAACUUUUCAAAACAAACUUGGCCGAUUACUUAUUGCCUGAAUUCUCUUCACGGAAGCUGGAGAAAGUUAGUUCCUUAAGCAAGCUAAAUGAAAAUACAGAGCAGUUAGUGAGUGGAUUGGCUCAAGAUCCUUCAGAUCACAUAGACCUCAUGGAAAUUGAUGAUCAGUCGGAUGAAUUUUUUGAUUUCUCAGAACCUUUGUUUGCUGAUGGAUCAGAAGAUGAUUGGGCUGCUAAAAAUGGUUAUGAAAUCCUUUCUCAGGAUUUAUGUGAUGUUAAUACUAUAUCAAAAAACAAGAAUGAUUUUGUAUGUGAAUUGAGCCUAGAUACUAGAUCAGUAACUGCUGCAGUGCAGAGAAAAGGUUGUACAGACAUGGAGAAAAUUGUGCGGGACGAAUGUCUCUCAUAUAACUACAUGAUCACUCUUCCAAAAGAUGAAGCAGCUGGUAUUCUCCCUAAUAGUUGGUCAGCACCCAAACCGUCUGUUUUUCAAAUUCGGGGAGAAACCUUUUUGGAGGACCGUAAGAAGAUUCCUGCAGAGAGUACGUUGUUGCAAACUGUUGCAGUUGACUGGCUGAAAUCCAACAAGAGAGAAGAUCACCUUGCUAGUCGACCUGGGAACAUCGUUCAAAAAUAUGCAGCUGAUGGUCGCCCAGAAUUCUUCAUUAUUGCUAACUUUCAGGUCCCAGGUUCGACAACUUAUAAUCUUGCUUUCUACUAUACGACAUGUACCCCAAUCAAAGAUGUACCUUUGUUAGAGAGAUUUAUAGAAGGAGACGAUGCAUUUAGAAAUUCAAGAUUAAAGAUCAUCCCUAAUGUAGCUGAGGGUCCAUGGGUUCUUAAGCAAACUAUUCGCAUACCCACUUUGAUUGGUAAUAUGCUUACAAUCAACUACAUUCGUGGGGCAAACUAUUUGGAGAUGGACAUUGAUGUUGGUUCAUCAGCAGCUGCAAGGUUGAUAGCUGGCAAGACUUUCAGUUGCUUUACUAGUUUGAUAAUCGAAGUAGCAUUUGUAAUACAGGCAAACACACGUGAUGAGCUUCCAGAGCAUCUACUUGGAGCAUGUCGUAUGAGCUAUCUAGAUGUCUCUAAAGCUGUUUGGGCAAAUCCAUGAUCAAAAAACAUACAAGUUCAUUAGUCCGGAACCCAUAUGGUGUGUUGACAAUAUUGUAACAUCAUGUACAAUUUCGUUGGAUCAAGUUUCAAAAUAGAAAACUGAUCACAAGAAGCUAUAAUUAACCUUUUUCCAUAAUGAACUUAAUAUUGAUGUUUAUGUAACAGUGGGUUGCUUGUAGAAAGUAUGUGUACACAGCUUCUCGGACACAAUUGUUCCGACGAUUUUAGCUGAAGAAGACAAUAUAUGUUUGUGACUUGUGAGGGUGUAUUUCUUUUGCAUUUA